GAUGUGAAUUUCGCGUGGUAGUGUGAAUGUUGCCAGCCAUAACCUGAAAGGCGGCGACGACGAGUUUCUCCUAUUUAUUUAUUUUUUAUAUUGUUAAACUUGCAAAAUGAGCCGAAACUACAAGGAGGAUCAGAGCAGUGAGGUCGAAGCUCUGGACUCCAUUUACUGUGGCGAAAUGGAAAUUCUCGCAACAGAGCCUUUUCACAAAUUCCAGAUCCCCAUUGCGACAGAAGAUUACAAUGCAGAGGAAAAUGAAAAUGGAUUGUCCUGCAAGCUGGUGUUUACAUACACAGCUACUUAUCCGGAUGCAGCGCCACUUGUGGAAAUUGAGGAAGCUGAAAAUUUUGAAGACACAUUCGAGACACGCCUGCUGGAGCAUUUGCGGGAAACCAUUGAGGAAAACAUUGGCAUGGAGAUGAUUUUCUCCCUAGUGAGCAGUGCUCAGGAGUGGCUAAAUCAGCGCUGGGAUGAGCAUACAACACAGGCGGAGGAGCAGCGUGUGCAGAAACUGCGGGAGGUUGAAGAAGAGGAACGCAAGAAAUUCGAGGGUACGCGAGUGUCGGUCGAGACGUUUAUGAAGUGGAAACUUGACUUUGAGGAGAGCACGGGCAUCGCAGCGAAAAGGGAGAAGAUUAAUGAUUGCAAGAAGUUGACUGGACGCGAGCUCUUCAUGUGCGACAACACGCUUAAUGAUUCCGACAUUAAAUUCCUGCUGGCGGCUGGCGAAAACAUUGAAAACGUCAAGAUCGACGAGACACUGUUUCAAGAUAUUGGCGAACUGGAUUUGGAUGAUGAUGAUGAUGAAGACUGGGUGCCUGGGGCCGAUGACGAUGAUGAUUAAACUGUGCGUCGUUGCUGCGAUAUUAAAACAAAUAUUUCUUGAAGGCAUAUUCGUGUACACUGUGUAACAUUAAAUGCUAACUUUUUUGGUUAAUCUAA